CAGGGCUCGGAGCGCUUUUGCCGGUGUGUCGGGGCGCGCGUCCCGCCCGCCGCCCCUUGGCGCAGCGGAGGAGAAGGGGGCGACAAUGAAGACUUUAGUUUUUUUGAAUCACUGAAAAGCCUUAAAAGGAGACUCGUAAUAAUAAUCAUUAAAAAAGAAACCCCAAUGCAAACUGAAACAACCAUGUCUGGAGAAGUGCGUUUGAAGCAGUUGGAGCAGUUUAUUUUGGAUGGGCCAACACAGACUAAUGGGCAAUGCUUCAGUGUGGAAACCUUGCUGGAUAUACUCAUCUGCCUUUAUGAUGAAUGUAAUAAUUCCCCUCUGAGAAGAGAGAAGAACAUCCUUGAGUAUCUAGAGUGGGCCAAACCUUUUACAUCUAAAGUGAAACAGAUGCGACUACAUAAAGAAGAUUUUGAGAUUCUGAAGGUGAUUGGUCGAGGAGCCUUUGGAGAGGUUGCAGUAGUAAAACUGAAAAAUGCAGAUAAGGUUUUUGCCAUGAAGAUACUUAAUAAGUGGGAGAUGCUGAAGAGAGCAGAAACAGCCUGUUUUCGAGAAGAGAGAGACGUGUUAGUGAAUGGAGAUAACCAGUGGAUCACAACAUUACAUUAUGCAUUCCAGGAUGAAAAUUAUUUAUACCUGGUUAUGGAUUACUAUGUUGGAGGGGACCUGCUUACAUUGCUCAGCAAGUUUGAGGACAGACUCCCUGAAGAUAUGGCUCGUUUUUAUUUGGCUGAAAUGGUGAUAGCCAUCGAUUCAGUUCAUCAGUUGCAUUAUGUUCACAGGGAUAUAAAACCAGACAACAUCUUGAUGGAUAUGAAUGGACAUAUUCGAUUAGCAGAUUUUGGUUCUUGUCUGAAACUGAUGGAAGAUGGAACGGUCCAAUCUUCAGUGGCAGUUGGAACACCAGACUACAUCUCUCCAGAAAUCUUGCAGGCUAUGGAAGAUGGAAAAGGGAAGUAUGGGCCCGAGUGUGACUGGUGGUCCCUGGGCGUUUGCAUGUAUGAAAUGCUUUAUGGAGAAACGCCCUUUUAUGCUGAGUCCUUGGUGGAGACCUAUGGGAAAAUAAUGAACCACAAAGAGAGGUUUCAGUUUCCUGCUCAAGUGACAGAUGUCUCUGAAAGUGCAAAGGACCUCAUCCGAAGGCUCAUUUGUAGCAGAGAGCAUCGACUUGGACAAAAUGGAAUAGAAGACUUUAAGAACCAUCCAUUUUUUGCUGGGAUUGACUGGGACAACAUUAGGAACUGUGAGGCACCUUACAUCCCAGAAGUCAGCAGCCCUACUGAUACAUCAAACUUCGAUGUGGAUGAUGAUUGCUUAAAAAACUCUGAAACAAUGCCUCCACCAUCCCACACUGCAUUUUCUGGCCAUCAUUUACCAUUUGUGGGUUUCACAUAUACAAGUAGCUGUGUGCUUUCAGACCGCAGCUGUCUAAGACUGACAGCUGGACCACCCUCCAUGGAUCUUGAUGCCAGCAUUCAAAGAACUUUGGAGGAUAGUUUAGCAACAGAAGCUUAUGAGAGGAGAAUAAGACGUCUAGAACAAGAAAAGCUUGAACUUAGCAGAAAACUGCAAGAGUCUACCCAGACAGUGCAGGCUCUGCAGUAUUCAACAGUGGACGGCCCAAUCACGGCAAGCAAAGAUUUAGAAAUUAAAAGUUUGAAAGAAGAAAUUGAAAAGUUGAAGAAACAGAUAACAGAAUCUGGUCAGCUGGAACAGCAACUCGAGGAGGCCAGCACUGCAAGGAGGGAAUUGGAUGAUGCUUCCAGACAAAUAAAGGCUUUUGAGAAGCAAGUCAGAACACUGAAGCAGGAGAGAGAAGAUCUUAAUAAGGAACUGGCAGAGUCUAGUGACAGAUUAAAAUCCCAAGCCAAAGAGCUGAAAGAUGCACACAGCCAGCGGAAAUUGGCAAUGCAGGAAUUCUCAGAGAUGAACGAGCGGCUGACAGACUUGCACUCUCAAAAACAAAAGCUUGCCCGCCAGCUCCGAGAUAAGGAGGAAGAAAUGGAAGUGGUGAUGCAAAAAGUAGAAAGUUUAAGGCAAGAGUUACGCAGAACAGAGAGACUUAAAAAAGAACUGGAAGUCCAAGCUGAAGCUGCAGCUGCUGAGGCAUCCAAAGACAGGAAAUUGCGAGAGAGGAGUGAACAGUACUCUAAACAGUUGGAAAGUGAAGUAGAAGGGCUAAAGCAAAAACAGGUUGGUCGUUCACCUGGGGUAAGCAGUAUAGAACACCAGCAAGAGAUCACUAAAUUAAAGGCAGACCUGGAAAAGAAGAGUCUUUUCUAUGAAGAGGAACUAUCUAAACGUGAAAUGAUGCAUGCUAAUGAAAUAAAAAGUCUGAAGAAAGAACUACGGGAUGCAGAGAGCCAGCAGCUUGCCCUCAAGAAGGAAAUCAUGGUUUUGAAAGACAAGUUAGAGAAAACCAGAAGAGAAAACCAAAGUGAGAGAGAGGAAUUUGAAACCGAGUUCAAACAAAAGUAUGAACGAGAAAAGAUCCUGCUGACAGAGGAAAACAAAAAACUUACAAAUGAACUUGAUAAGCUCACCACCAUGUUUGAGAGACUGAGUAUGAAUAAUCGACAGCUGGAGGAAGAGAUGAGAGACCUGGCUGAUAAGAAGGAGUCUGUGGCUCACUGGGAGGCCCAAAUCACUGAGAUCAUCCAGUGGGUAAGCGAUGAAAAAGAUGCUCGAGGUUAUCUUCAGGCCUUGGCCUCUAAAAUGACAGAAGAGCUGGAAGCCCUAAGGAACUCCAGUUUGGGUGCAAGAGCUACAGACAUGCCCUGGAAGAUGAGACGCUUUGCAAAGCUGGAUAUGUCUGCAAGGCUGGAGCUCCAGUCUGCUCUUGAUGCUGAGAUCCGAGCCAAACAGGCUAUUCAGGAUGAGCUGAACAAAGUCAAAGCUUCCUGUAUCUCUACAGAGUGUAAAUUGCAAGAAUCUGAGAAGAAGAAUAUGGAGCUUUUGGCAGACAUCGAAAGGCUGAAAAAGGAGACAGAAGAGCUUAGAUCAGAAAAGGGUGUAAAGCACCAAGACUCACAGAAUUCUUUCUUGGCAUUUUUGAAUGCGCCUACCUCUGCUCUGGAUCAAUUUGAAAUUGAUUCAGUUGAGAAUUUUACAUUGUCUAAUACUCCAUCACGGGAUGAGGACAGCAAGUCUCACCUCCAUUCAAGAUCAAGGUCUCCCUCUACAGCCAGUGAGAUUGAACCAAUUGAGGUUACAGAUCAUCCUCCCCGUUCAAUUCACACACCGACCAUGAGGACAGCAUAUAUUGGCUCGGGACUCUCUGCACCAAAGCCUAAAGCUCACCAGUUCGUAGUGAAAUCGUUUAACACACCAACAAAAUGCAAUCAGUGCACAUCCCUGAUGGUUGGUCUGAUACGACAGGGCUGUACUUGUGAAGUGUGUGGAUUCUCUUGCCACGUCACCUGUGCAGACAAGGCUCCUGCAGUGUGUCCAAUCCCUCCUGAGCAGACUAAGGGACCUUUGGGAAUAGAUCCACAGAAAGGCAUAGGAACAGCUUAUGAAGGACAUGUCCGAAUCCCAAAGCCGGCUGGAGUAAAGAAAGGUUGGCAGAGAGCGCUGGCAGUGAUUUGUGAUUUUAAACUCUUCCUGUAUGAUGUAGCAGAAGGAAAAGCAUCUCAGCCCAGCGUGGUAGUGAGUCAGGUCAUAGACAUGAGGGUUACAGCCUCCCAGCUCUCUGCAUCCAGUAACAAGUGUUCAAUCCUGAUUCUAGCAGACGGUGAGAAUGAAAAAAGCAAGUGGGUGGGUGUGCUGAAUGAGUUGCAUAGGAUCUUGAAGAAGAACAAACUCAAAGACCGCUCAGUCUACGUUCCCAAAGAAGCUUAUGACAGCACCUUGCCCCUCAUCAAAACAACACAGUCAGCAGCAAUCAUAGACCAUGAAAGAAUAGCUCUGGGGAAUGAAGAAGGGUUGUUUGUUGUGCAUGUCACCAAAGAUGAGAUCAUCCGUGUUGGUGACAACAAGAAGGUCCAUCAGAUUGAGCUGAUCCCGAGCGAGCAGCUCAUUGCCGUGAUCUCAGGACGGAACCGUCACGUGCGGCUCUUCCCCAUGGCUGCCCUGGACGGCAGGGAGACGGAGUUCUAUAAGCUGGCCGAGACCAAAGGCUGCCAGUCUAUAGUUUCUGGACACGUGCGCCACGGAGCUCUCACCUGCCUGUGCGUAGCCAUGAAAAGGCAGGUGCUCUGCUAUGAACUCAAUCAGAGCAAGACACGCCACAAAAAGAUCAAGGAGAUCCAGGUGCAGGGGAACGUCCAGUGGAUGUCCAUCUUCAGUGACCGUCUCUGCGUAGGCUACCAGUCAGGUUUCCUAAAGUACCCCCUCCAUGGAGAGGGCAGCCCGUACAGCCUGCUCCAUCCGGACGACCACACGCUCUCGUUUCUCUCACAGCAGCCAACUGAUGCCAUCUGUGCAGUCGAGAUCUCAAAUAAAGAAUACCUGCUGUGUUUUAGCAGCGUCGGUGUUUACGUCGACUGCCAGGGCCGAAGAUCCAGGCAACAAGAGUUGAUGUGGCCGGCAACUCCAUCUUCUUGCUGUUACAAUGCACCAUACCUCUCUGUGUACAGUGAAAAUGCAAUUGAUAUCUUCGACGUGAACUCCAUGGAGUGGAUUCAAACUAUUCCUCUCAAAAAGGUACGACCCUUGAAUACAGAAGGAUCACUAAACCUUUUAGGCCUGGAGACAGUCAGAUUAAUAUAUUUCAAAAACAAAAUGGCAGAGGGGGAUGAGCUGGUGGUGCCGGAGACAUCAGACAACAGCCGGAAGCAGAUGGUUCGGAACAUCAACAACAAGCGCCGCUACUCCUUCCGUGUGCCCGAGGAGGAGAGGAUGCAGCAGAGGAGGGAGAUGCUACGUGAUCCAGAAAUGAGAAAUAAGUUAAUUUCUAACCCAACUAAUUUUAACCACAUAGCACAUAUGGGUCCAGGAGAUGGCAUACAGAUUCUCAAAGACCUCCCAAUGAACCUUCGGCCCCAGGAGAGCCGGACAGUGUUCAGCGGCUCCGUCAGCAUCCCGUCGAUCACGAAAUCCCGCACGGAGCCAGGGCGAUCCAUGAGCGCCAGCAGCGGGCUAGCAGCACGGUCGUCGGCACAGAACGGCAGCGCUUUGCGGAGGGAAUUCUCGGGAGGCAGCUACGGAGCAAAGCGCCAGCCCAUGGCAUCGCCCUCCGACGGGUCCCUGUCCUCUGGGGGCCUGGACCAAGGCAGCGAUGCACCCACAAGGGACUACGAGCGAGAGGACUCUGACUCUCCAAGACACUCGACGGCAUCGAACAGCUCCAACCUCAGCAGCCCUCCCAGCCCCGUUUCUCCUCACAAGACCAAGAGCCUCUCCCUGGAGAGCUCUGACCACGUGAGUUGGGACUCAUGAACUGCUUCAGCAUUCAGAUUUGGCAUCACAUCAGCUUGCUGUCCCCAUGGCUGUCCCCUUCACUUGCUCCAGUUCUCACCUUCAUCCUCCUAACCCUCCUCAUUCCCUGUCUGAAAAGGAUCUGGGAGUAGGGCACAGAGGAAGGUAAAAGCUGGUCGCCUUCAGCACCGUUUUGGCAUUGCCUCACCUCCCCAGAUCUGACAGCAGCAAAUGAGCAAAGCUAGGGUGUUGGUAAAUAUCAGAUGCUGUAGAUUUGUAUUAGUAUUGGUUUCAUUUUUGUGGUUACAGCUGCUUCAUUUUUAAAGACAUAUUUAUCCCACUCCCCUUCCACUCCCCAAAAGGUAGCAUAAGUAGACCAGACCAGUAUCAACAAGAGAAAAUUCAGAGGGAUCUUGUUUUCAUACAAUAGCUCAUUGUACUGUACAAAAGUAGCACAGAGACCCCUUCCCCUCCAUGGGAAAUGAUCAGUAUGUCAGAGGCACAUAAAAGCUUUCAGCCACCACGUUUGAAUGUCAAUCUGAUUGUCGCCAGCAAAUCCUUAUUGAUUAAAAUGAUGCAUAUUUUACUACAGUACAGAGUUUAAAUAAAUAUGCAGAUGUUAGAGUAAAAUACGUAUGUAUAUAUUCAAAGAAAAAAAGCAUUGUGUAUGCAGCAGAAGAUGGAUGCUUAUUUAAAGAGCCUUUAAUUUAAGAUUUGUGUUGUCCCUGUUUUCAUGCUCGGUGAUUUACAGACUUGGAGGCCUGGCUAAAACCUCCCACAGGACAGAGAUUCCGUGUGCACAGCGCUCGCUGCACUGCCGGGACAGCCCCUGCAGUGCUCUCACAACACUUCUCUCUCUCUCUGGCCGUAGCAGAACUUAAGCUGUAAUUCCUGCUUUCCUCAUAGUUCCCAUCCUUUUCAGAAACAGCAGCAAUUGGCAGCAAGGCCCUGUCCCAGCAGCCACGGGUGCCUGUCAGCCCGGCGGCUGCCCUGGCGCCGUGCGUGCCAGCCGUGAGCUGGAGCCUUGCAGCAGCCACAGGAGAGGUGCUUCAGGCAUCAAGGCAGCUCAGUGCAGCUGGAUUCAGCAGGAAAACUGUUUCCCUGGGUCAGCCUUUGAGCAGGUUUAACUCUGAAGGGAGCAGUCUUCCACAUCUUCUUGAGCAUCCCUAAGCAGCAAACUCUUACUGUCAUUACCAAACACUGUUUGCUAAUACACAUCAGCCAAACGAGUGCCCUUAGCCCAAAGCUGGCCGUGGCUGGCUUUGCUGUCACUGUAGCAACAAAGAACCUUGAAGACUGACCUCACACUGUUCACACUCUAGUAGUCAGAGAUGCCUGGUGACCCACAACUGCUGCACUGGCAAGGUUGGCUUUCCUCUGCCCCCUACCUGUGCUGUGGGUUUGUGCAAUUUGCAGUUGUUUCUGUGUGCUCACCUGCUGUUUGGUUUCAGAAGCAGGGCAGGUUGGAGGGCAGGAAGUAUUGCAGUGGAAGGCAAAGUCUGCUGAAGUUGGAAAAAUAAAUAAAAAGCUGAAAUGGUCACCCAGUCGACAGAAUAAAUGAAAAACUGAUACACAGCUGUAUGGUAAGAGGAAGAUGUGUCUUCUCUUUAGUUAGCAAGGCAGAUUGUGCUUUUCAUUCGGGAUGAGCCUCUCUUCCCAGUAAUAUUGUUGCUGACUUCAUACUAUGACCAUACUCAAACACAUAAGGGCUUUUUGUAUUUAGAAUAUUGGGGUUUGUGGGUUUCAGAGACUUGUUAUGGCUCUCAUUAAACCAUUCUGUAUUCUUGCAGUCAGCAGUUAUGUAGAGUUUCACCCACACAGAGGUGUUUGGAGUUUUGCAGUUUCUGCCUUCCCUAAUAGAAGUUGUAGGUAAGUUCAAUCUAUGUACAGUAAUUUCCAGGUAUUAUCUAAAUGUGAUAUAGGGAACAAGACACAGAUCAUCUAAUCCAUUUAAUCAUGCUGGGUCUCCUAGGUAAGAUUUCUCUUUCACUCUGAAUCAAGAGGCUUAUCCAAGUAUAAGCUCAUUCAGUGUUAUUUUGGGACAGGAAUUCAAGAAAUUAUUGUAGAAACCAUUAUAUCAAAAGCCUGUCUCUCUCCUGUUUGGGUAUUACAGAGUAGCAAGCUGGUUGUGUUGUUUGUUUUUACUUCAAACCUACUACUUUUGCAAGCCUGGCAUUUGAAAUUAAAAGCUUUAGCAAACAGCAAAGCAUCUGAAAGUAAUUCCUCCCAGAAAAGUUUAUGUAUUUCUGAGGGACAGAUAGGCAGGGCGUUAUUGGCAUUAUUGAAAUUCCACAUCAGCUUCUUUUUUUAAAGGCUGCAUAUUGCUUCAAGUAUAGCCACUGCUUUUUCCCCACAAUUCCCUUGUUUUGGUGAAGCAUGUCCAUACACUUUUCAAAGCCUUUGCAGACUAGUUUUAUAUUUACUGUAUGUUGUAUUUAAAUAAUAAUCUUAUUUUGAUGUUGAGAGAAGGCAUUUAAACAGUAGUCAUUAAAGACAGAGCAGCCUGCAUGGCAGUCCCCUGAGAGAGGGUCACAGGAUCGUUUUCCAUGGACUUUUUUUUUUCCACAGUUGUGCUAAAGCUCUAUCUGAAAAUGGAACCCAAAGAGCCACCACACAGCAAACAAUUAAAUUGAGUAAACCCCUGUGUUUACUUCGUUCCAGUGCCUGCAAUUUAUUGAUACCAACCCCUGGCAUCUUCAGGCAGAGCAUAGGUCAGCUGUGUUACAACACUAAGCUCAGAGGAUGAGAGCUCCACAGGCCCACACUGUUUGUACACUAUACAAUGUCCAAGCCUCAGCAGUUUUUUCUAGGAUUUAUUUAGUCAUUAGUUUGGUCCUGUGCAUUUUUAUACGUGUUUGUUCAGAAGAGAAACAGCAACUGUUCUCUCAGUUGAAAAGCAAAUGACCACAUCACUGAUUUGAAAAGAGAAAAAUUGUCCUAGGACUUAAAUAGUUUUAUAUAUUUGGGGACCAUUUGGUUACAGACUCAAUUUGAAACCACACUCAUCUCUUUUUGUUGGUAUACAUACUGCAGCUGAGCUUUCUAAAGACUCAUUGGGCUAGGAAAAGUAACUUGGUCAUUUGAACUGUAAGACUCUUGACUGGUAUCUCCAAGGCAGUUGUCUCCUGAGGUUUGAUGUUUGUUCCUUUGCACUGUAGCACUGCUUCAACUUCACAGGUCGAGGGCUGCAUUUUGUUCUGGGAGCUCAAAAUCUCCCCCUGAAUUCCUGACUGUGGCACAUGUUCUCUGUAUGCAGGAUGUGUAUCUAGCUGGCUUUUUUUUUCCUUUUGGCUGAGACUGAAGGUGUUUGUUUGCAUUUUUGACAGUGCUUGAACAGAUGAGUUGUUGAGGUUUUGCCAUUUUUUUUUCUCUCUUUUGAUGGCAACAAGGAAUCUGAACAGAUUCAGGCAGCUACUAAGGAUUCCAGGUUAUAGGAUGGAAUAGGUUUGGUAAAUAGUUUUCCCCUGCACGUGUGCACACACAGGUAUGUGGCUUCCUCCCACAUUUCAUAAACCCAAAAGCAGGGUACUCUCUUCUCUCUUGCCUUUGGCCUGUAGAAGACAGCUGGUGGUUUCAAAAAAACAUUCCUGAGACUGUGGUGAAGUAGUUGCUUCUUUUCCCCUCUUUUAAUUGCUGUGGCUUGUUAUGAAUAUGCAUUUUGCCCAUAUAUAUGAGUUUCAAAACUGAGUCAGGAAUGUUCUCUCUUUGAUUUGAUUCUGAUAAGUUACAACACAGGUGUGUUAUUCUCAGGUAUAUGGCAGAGGGAAGUUAAGGGUCUUGCCAUACCAAAAAGGUCGAAAAAAUAUAGCUUAUUUAUAGAAAUGUAGUGUUACUACACCUAGCUGGUUCACAGUGUGUCAGCCUUUCCAAAUAGAACAGUUGGAUUAUUAACACAGAAACAGAUUCUGGCCCUGUGUUUGUAUUGCAUGGCCAGACCCUGAAUGACAAGAAAAACAUGGUCUUGGGCGGAAAAAGGGUUUAUUUUCCAUUUUAUGAAUGCUGUUUAAUUUUAAAUGAAUGCAUUAAGGGUGAAACUUACUGCAGUGCAAGUAUCCACAGCUCCUGAGCCUUAGUCUGAGAAUCAAAGUGGCACACAGCAAUUCCUGCUGUGGGUUCUUUUGUUAAUACGAGUCCAUUCCAUGGAGGAAAUGGGACAACUUUUCUGCACUAACACAACGUGCACCCUUCUGUGCACUUUAUGUUCACAGUUUAUUUGAUAAACAGCCCCAGAAGCCAUUCUGCUGCAGGCUUUCCAGCCUCAAUUCCAGCUCCUUUCAUUCCAGCUGCAGCUCAGUACAACCUGUUUUCAUUCUCCAUUUAAGACAGUCAUCUACAGGGAAGAAAUCCACAAACAAACCAGUGUUGCUAUACCUGCCUUUUUAUGUAUGACAGUUUCAUAUCAUUUAUUUUUAAAAUAUGUUUUUUAGGUUUUUCCUUGUAAUAUUAUUGUACAGUUUUGCAUGGCAUAGAUGUAAUCACUUUUUUGUUUUAGAGUAUAAAAGCUGACAAGUGUGCGUGUGGGGGAAAGAUUCUGCUUUUUGCCUCUUCUCACUCUUUUGUUUAAUGCCCUCAAUGUUGUAGGGGACAUUGUAAGAGAUUCUCUGCUACAGAACAAUGAUGUAGAUUCUUUUGCACAGAAAUAUUUAAGGUGGAACAGUCAACAAUGUAAAAAUGACUUACCACCAAUAUUUUAUGUUGGUAACACACUUAAUAUUAACCUACUUUGAUGUACUGCAAUAAAACAGGGAACUGUUAGAAA